AUGCUCUUCGGUUUGAAUUUUUACUUAAAAACCAUCAAAACUUCAAUAAGUUUCUAAUUGCUUCUUAAUGCAGUCAACUUGUAGAGAUGGAUUUUCCAGUUUUUUAACUUUUUUCUAUAUUUUUCUUUUGAUUUAACUUUUUUUUCGAGUUCAUUAUCGCUUAAUCGGGUUAAUUCAAUAAUGUCUGAAAUUUAAAUUUAAUUGUGCAAAAAGCCCUUAUUUCAUCAAAACUUCAACCUGUAUAUGAAAAAUUUGAACUCACGCCUAAUUUCAUCCGAUUCGAUUAACUGGGUUUUCUUUUUACGAGUGUUUUCAUUGGACGCUUUCAGGGGAGUUUGGGGGAGCGGAGAUCCGCCGCAUGGAGGCGAACGGCUCGGCGGCGAACUCGUCGUGGACCGACUCGUCGCUGGAAUGGCCGCCGCCUGGACUCAAGUACUCGGGCCUCGCUCUCAUCUUCAUUCCCGUCAUCACCAUCCUCGGCAACCUUCUUGUUCGUUUCCUUUACGAAGUUGAAAAGUAUAAGUCAGAAAAAGCAAAAGAGCAUUUUUGAUAAUAGUAGGUUUUGCCCAUGUAGCCUUCGGAAAGCCACCUUUUUGUAAGCAUGACAUUUAAUAGUGUGUGACUAGACGAAAACUCUAACCUACAAAGUGAAGCAAACAAAUUCGAAUUUUGAAAGGAAGAGUCCAUAAAAGUCGUACUCAAAGCCGUCUGGAUUCCCUUUUAUGAGCGUUCUUCUCAUCUGAGCACGGCUUUUUAAUAUGAGUCGAAAUUUUUGGGUACGUAUAUCUGCGCCAGGAACUUUUUCCGGUCAUUAUAAGAAGGAAAACUAACCCUAGACGGCUUCCCGGAACGACCAAGUCCAGUAGCAAUUAUUCCCAUGUGAGGAAAAAAGAUGUGAAUAGGUACUUUGAAGGUUUUUUUUCUGAAUCCAAACGCUGGAGGAAAUUUUUCAAAGUCUGAGUCAGACCAAGAAGUUGAAUUUCAGGUGAUAAUUUCUGUGAUGAGGUUCCGAGCUCUGCAGUCGGCCAUCAACUUUCUGAUUCUUGGUCUCGCCGUCGCCGACCUUCUUGUCGCUCUUACUGUCAUGCCUUACGCCGUCUACGUUUAUGUAUGUUCUCUUUGUUGAAGGAAAAUUGUUCAAAAUGAAAUAUUUGAAAAAUUCAAAAAAAAAAAAACGUAUGUAUGAUGAAAAAACUGCCAACAAAAUUUUUUUUUUGAAUUUUUUUGCGUAGAACGUGACUGAUCUAGUGUGGAAAAAAAUUGGUGAUUUUUAGAAAAUACCGUUUCGGAUCACAUUCCAUUCUUAUUUCACGACAAUUUUUUCCGUGAAAAGUCAUCCUGGAAAGUUCGGGAAGAACGAUUUCAGAUCGUGCGAGAAAUUCCCAUCUUUAAAAUUUUGAAUGUAGUUUACUACGAAUCCUUCUCGAAAGAACUUCUUGGGCGGCCAGGAGUUUGAAACUCACGGCGUCUGAUUCGUGACUACAAUUUGGGUGCAAUGGGAAGCUCGUGCGUUUCUUUUUUCUGCUCUUUCUCAGCGACCGGCCCCAACGAAACCUAAUUGGACUAUGAUUUCGUGUAUGUCACAUGCAUUCUCUUCUGCUUCUCUUUAGUUUCAACAAUUUGCGAAGCGAUAAACGAGAGAAAACUUGGCCUUUUUUGGGAGCUGUCUACUUCUUGAACCGCCAAUUUUAUUUCUAUUUUUUUUCCCAGGAACUUUUGAAGAAUGGGAUUUGAUCGGACAGGCAACACCGUGUUUGAAUGAACAUCACGACAAAUCAAAAGCUCUUGCGUGACGAGCCAACAUUUAUUUCCCCAGACCUCAAAUUGCCGCCUUUCAGACGUAUCCCGAUUGGCGAAAUGAUCCGCAAAAUAAUAGGUUUGGACUACCGUGACGAAAAAUGAACCUCUCGGAAAUCCAUCUAUGGAGGUCAAAAUAUUCCCACGGAUCUUUUUCAAAAGACAUGGAGAUUAGGAGGAUUUCUCAUAUUGAAUUGGAUAUUAGGAAGCUUCUCUCAACCUCUUGUCUUUACUUGUUUUGUUCUUUUUUUUUAUUGAAUGCUCAUAUAAGGGAGACCAACCAUCUUUUAAUUAUUUCUUUUGCAUAAAAAUGGUAAUUCGAGGGGAAGUUAUUUGGAACAUGAUUCAAUGGAAUGAAUUGAGGAAUUAGGCCUUGGGGAUGUCUUCGAAAACUUUUAUUUCAAGGAAAGGCAUCAAACAUCUCUGUGCUUUUGGUUUCGAUCUUGAGAUGGUUGCUGAAAAAUCGUCCGCACGCAUGCGAGAGAAUUAGUCGCACACAAUUUUGAUUAUUUUCCCUGCCAAAUUUUUAGAUCUACACACGAUGAUAACAAUCUCUGUUUCCACUCUUACCUCACCUUGAAGCGAAAUAACUACCGUCGGAGUGGUGAAAAGAAUGAAAACUUUUUUCUCGCGCUGACUCAUUCGGACUUGAGGCUCCACUUUCGGACACUUCUAAUUAAUCCAAGGCUUCUUUUUAGUGUAAAGCACUGAAGAGAGGGAAUCUUUUGCGUUGCAGUAUUGCCAAGAUUCUUUUAGACUAUGCGUUUAUACGUAUAAGUAGGGAGGGAAGGUAUCAGUGGAAUCGCACGUUUUUCGACAACUGCCCGCGGAAAUUGGAUUGCGUCGGCAUUGCUGCGGAGAUGCGGCGACGCCUUGAGUUGAAGGAUUUGAUCUGCUGCGUCUCAUUUAGUCGAGCUAUCCUGACUGGAUGUUUUCGAAAUGCGUGUGAAGUGAGGAAGAGCUGGGAACAAAUCUUUGAUCAUUUCCCUCCAGAACUGUUCAAUUAUUACUCGGGGAAAAAGAAGCGUUCAAGUUGACAAUAAGACGUUCAUGCAUAUAAUAAAGUAUUUUAGCCGGAACCCACAUGGAGCUAACUCUGCGGGCAGGCGGCGGAGCGUAACAUGCAAAAAUUGAGUUGCAUGAAAAAUGCGCGGCGCAUGAGCCAAAUAACCGUCGCCGCAAAACGUGGUCUACGCGAAACUAUGCUGUUUUUGAUCUUUCUUCAUUUUUUUUUUCUGAACGACGGAUCGGAACUAUCUUUUCUGUGGCUUCAAGAAGCAUAAGAUUUGAGCCAAAAAGUCUUGAUCAAUCAGGUUGCGCGAGGUUCUCCGGAACGAAAUGUUGGGCAAGUUUUAUGAAGUGUUUCGAGAGGAUAUGAAUAAUAUUUACUAACUUAACCGCUUUGAAGGUUCAAAACGGCGAAUGGUAUCUUGGGAAUUUGAUGUGCGACAUCUACAUGGCCUCGGACGUCGCCUGCAGCACGGCGUCGAUUCUUCUGCUCGCUGUCAUCUCUUUCGACAGGUUUAGUGCCUUUCUUUCAGAUGAACUUUUUUCCAUCUGACUCUUGUUUGAAUGAAAAAAAAAAUGAGGAAGGUCUCGUGAGUGAAAUUUAGAAACAUUUUGAAACCUGGCCUGGCCCAAGCACGCGCAGGCUUUUACUCAAAAAUGAAGCCCAAAGCCCGGGCCACGCCGCAAGCCUGGUUUCAAAACAUAAUUAAAGAAAUAGCGCGCAUUUACAUCAUAUGAUGCACUAAAGAGCAAAUAUGGGCAACAUAAAGAUUAAAUAGAACGCUGCGACUUUCGGCUAACAGCAAAUAGCAAAGAAAGUUUUUAUAAGCCACUUUAGUGUUUUUUCGCAAGAGAGUUGUGGAUAAGGUAUUUUUCACAUUUCUCAAUUUUUAAAAGAUAUGAAAUUCAUAUAUAAUUUGUGUGAAUUUAUAAAAUAGUUUAAUUUUUAUAAACGGAAUUUUCAAGAAGAAAUGAUUAUAGACCAUUUUUUUGCAGAUAUCGUGCUGUGUCUCAUCCGAUACAGUACUCGCGGCAAUCUCAAAACGUGAAAAGAGUUUUGGGAAUGAUUGCUGUCAUUUGGAUCAUUUCCUUGGCUCUCGCCAGUCCCAUUGUCUUUGGUAUGUUUUUGUUCUUUUGAAAGUUUUUUUCAAAAUAGUUGAGGGAAAUUGGAAUAACCCAUGUUUUCAAAAAAAUAUCAUCUAUUUAUUUUUUUUUUCACUCAAACACGAAAAUACAGAGUCUAUCUAUCAUGUAGACUCACCAUUAAAAUUGAAAGGCAUCGCUGAAAAAAGUUACUUUCUCAAUUUUUAUCGCAUUUUUAAAAUUUUCCCGCUUCCGCUUUUUGAUAUCGAUCGAUUUCUUCAUUCAAAAGUUGAAGCAGGAUUAAUCACUGCACAAAAAAAGUGGGAAACUCAAAUUUUUCGGAGCGUUGCCGCUGCCAUUUUGGUGGCAUUUGUUCGUUGAGUGAACGAAAUGUAAUUUCUCACCCAUAAACUUUUGAUAAAGUUUUAUCGCGUCUUUUUUAGUUUUGAAUUCCCGUUUUGAAGCAAAAAUCGUUUGGAAUUUCAUGCGAGUUCUUUCGCAUCGGGGGGUUCGUUGUAAUUUUGAACGAAAAAUCAACUCAACGGGUUUUAAUAAUUAUGAAGACCAGGGAAAUUUCUAAAAAAUUGACCUUGAAGGCUGAGAAAUAAAUUUGGUUAUUGAUUUUUUACGAAAAAUCAAAAGUUAAAAAAUCGUUUUUUCAAUUAAUUAUGGAUGAGUGUAGGCGUGAACGACCGACCUCUGGACGCCAACGAACUUGAGUGCCGUUUCUACAAUGCCGAGUUUUCCAUCGGCUCCUCGAUAAUUUCGUUCCUGAUCCCGUGUUUCCUCGUCCUCUUCGUCUACAUCCGGAUCAUCAUCGCCUUGAAAAAACGAGAACAGGCGGCAAAACGUCGCCGCGAAAAACAUGCAGUCGCACAGGGCUUUGGGUCAGUUCAUAACAAAGGAAGCUUCAGAAUUAAGCCGUUGGAAUAUAAUCCAUGGAAAGUAAUUCAGCACACUUCAAAAAGUUAUUUAAUGGGACAGCGGAAAUUCACUAGAAUUUAGACGAUUUUGAGAAAGAUCCGCCCAAGAAUCUUGAUAAAUUAGUUUCAGAAUGGGCAACGGAGUGGUUGUAGGAGAUAGCGACGCCGCUGGAAGAAUCGUGGCAGGACCUGGUAUGGAAUUUUUUUACUUUCAAGAAAAAUGACUGAUUCCGUUGAUUUUAAAAGCAAAGAUAUUUUCAAAAUGUUUUUGAUUUUGGUUGAAUUUUUCUGAGCCGAGCUAAAACACUGCAUAGAUUCGUAUUUAACGAGUGAUUGUUGUUUUUUUAAGAUCCAUGUGCUCUAUUCUAUACUUUUCUUUCACAAAUGGUUUUGAUCUUUUUUUUUUCUUUGACCGCGUUUGAGAGUGGCAUAUCAAUGGGGUUUCGAGCAGAAAUGAUUCAGAUCGGGAGAAUUUUUUUUUGUUUAAAGGCUUUGAAUUAAUGUGGAGUACAUUGCAAUCGACCCUAGUUAUUACCAACCUUGAUGAAACUUCACCCCGUUUUCCGACAGCGCUCUGUUAUCACUACGUGGUUUGCCGCUAGCUUUUUACCAAAUAAUUAACCGUUUAUUUUAAAGUUUUUUGUGAAUUGAGAAUCAAAGUUUUUUAUUACUUUUUUCCAAAUGGUGUCAAGAGUUAGUGGUGAACCAACUGAAGCGCCAAAUUCUUUCCCUUUCCCAUCCUCCCAACAAAAAUCUCAGCAACGCAGUUUAUCUAUAGCCUUUUCCUGCCCAUUAACCUCAUGGAAUCUCGGCUGAUCGACGGCUUCAUACUCAGUACUGUGGAAUUCUAGUGGUGAACGUGAUGAUGGCGGCUUUGCCGGCAAUGACGCGUCACAUGCGCCGCUUCGAACGUCAUCGGCGAGCCAUCGAACUGGCAGGUGAUGGAGACCGCGACGAGUUGGCCACGGAGGACGACUACGACGAGGCCGGCGAAGGCUGUCGCAGCGCUCCCGCGGUCCUAGCUCCUGACGAUCCUUCGGGUUUCGACUUGCCGCUAGAAGCCGCGGGAAGUCCGACGCUGCUGCCUAGUGCUGGCCUCCUCCGUCGAAUCCUGAGCGCCGCUUCGCCAAAGCACGCCAAGCCCUCGCUCGCUCCUUCCUCCGUCUCCUCCUUCUACUCCCGACCUCAAUCUACUUCUGUGCUCCUCCGUACGUAUCGUACCUUUCUGCUGUUUUUGAGUUACCUGCCUGGAUGUGUUUCGAAUGCAACUCCUGCGCAUGUCAGUAUAUCCCAACAACCGCUAUUUUAUAAAAACUUCGGAGGCUGAAAAAUAAUAAAAGAAAUUUGAGCUAAAAGAAAGAUCAAACUCAAAGUUUGUUUAUGUAGAAUUCUAAAAUUUGUACUUUGGAAGAAGUUCGGUAAUUGAUAACAUAUUUUUUUGACUCAGAACUGUAUUUUUUGUCGCAGAUAUCACCUAUACCAAAAGCUAUAUAUUCACAGGUUUAUCUCAGAAAAAAAGAAAGAAUUAGCAUUAGGAUUUUUUUGAUUCUCAAAACCAUGACUAGAAACUAAAUGGUGACUCGUAGAGUGUAUUGAAAAGAAAGAUAAAAUUGUGUACUUUCAUGGAAGUUAGUGUUGAUGACCUUAUUUUCCCAUCAUCAUAACCCCCAAGUUGCUGAGUUUGCAUGAGCUGGAUCCAUUUUAAAAAAAGUAGAAAAAGGCACCGAAUGAUAUCGAAAGCUCCAGAGCAUGAGUUCACUCACACUGAUCGAGAGGCAAACUUGCAAUGUGAAAUGACGAGAGAAAAGAAAUGAACGCACAGAAAGCACAGAAAGAAUGUGAUCGGCAAGAAGCGCACGAAUGAAUGUUAGAGAAAGACAUAUCUGAGAUCUGAGUCGACCUUCUUUUCUUUCAGAAGAACGCGAGUUUGGUGUUUCAUCAACACCUCGCUCCAGUGUUGAUUCUUUGUCGGAGAACAUAAAUGUUAUAACCAACGACUUCGUUUCGGAGAAUUGCACGACAUUAUCCAGGUGGGAGGCUCCAAAGAAGAAAGUUCCUAUUUGAAACUGCGUUCAGGAAAAGUUCAUACGCGGACGAAUCUCUUCCCUCUUUCUCGCAAACUUCAUCCGGAGAUGGCAGCAGUGUGAAGACAAACAAGAAAAUCAGGUAUGUCAAAAGUUCGAAGGAAGAAUCAUUCUAGUAUAUGCAGGGAUAUCUCGCGACACUACUCAACAAGACAUCAGAAGAACCAAAAAGUGCAAAGAGGAACCAUCCGAUCUGCUUCUUUGUGAGCUUUUCUUAAGAAACUCAAGCUAUUACGAUUAUUUCCAGCUCGGAUCAAGGAGAAAGCGAAGCCAUAAUUCCUUCUAUCAUCAGAACAAUCUCUCGUCGAAGUCCAAGAAUAUUUAGGAAGGCGACCACCGAAAAACAUGCGGUAAGAAUUACUCUUAGCAAAAAAGUACAAAGGAAUACUUCAGACGAUCAUGGCGAAUCCUUUGACGUCGACACCUUCUGAAUCACGACGACCGAUGACGUCGAUGACCGAGACGGAGACGAUUUCAGCUUCCCGCGACGCUCCGCCAUCGACGUUCAGCCGCAGCACCACCGCUAACAGUUUUUCUCCAAAACCGAACAGAGGCUUACGAUUUCUUCCAGGCGCAGAACUCCUCGCUUCUCCCGGUUCAACGUUUCCUGCUCUCAUUUCUGAAACUGUCCUCGAAGAAACGAUUUCAAAUCAAACCACGGAUGAUAGCCAUGUUAGUUUUGUCUGGAAUCUUCGAGUUAUGAUUUUGUACGAUUUUCUCUUUUGAAUUCCUGCAAAAAAUUUUCGAAAAAACCCAAAAAAAAAAUUUUACUGCCGAACUCAAACCUUAGAACUUUUUCCCGUUUUCUUCUACCGCUAUUUGGCUUAGGCGAUGAUGAAAAUUUUUCUGCGCUUAGACAUCUGUACGAACUAGUUUGGUUCAGCCUACGGUGAGCUUCGCCUUGACUGUGCGAGAUAUGGAAGGCGACGACUCGAACAGACUCAAAGGCAGCACGGAUCUGCCGCAGAGAAUUCCGGAUGUCGAGCCUCCGUUGGCGGUCAAAAUCCUAACGCGUCCUUCGUUGCCUAGUCAGUUUCGAAGUAGCAGAACCGUGGACAAAGUUCUUAUGAAAGACUUGGCGCGGACGGAUUCUGUGGGCUCCUCGCAGACUCGAGCUGACAGUCUCAAGUCGGUCGACUCGAAACAAUCUCUCAAAAAAGGCGGAAAGAACGGCAUCGCCGUCAAACUCGUCAAACGCGCCAUGCGACAAGAACAUAGUUUGAAACGCAAGGUGAUCAGUCUUUCAAAGGGCGAAGUAUAGACUGAGGUUAUAGGUAUCGAAAUCGCAGAGGAAAGAAAAACGAGCGACGAAGACCUUGGGAGUUGUGGUUGGCGUUUUCCUUAUCUGCUGGGUGCCGUUCUUCGGAAUCAACAUUCUCAACGCCAUUUGCAUCCUUCUGAAAGAAGAUUCUUGCCAGGUUGGCGAUGCUUCAACUUCCAUUUUUCUAAAAUUCGGAGGAGAUCCAAGAAGUCAAAAAAAAAAGAGUUUUAAAAAAACUUUUUUUUCCUAAUUGUUAUCUUACGGAGUCGUUCCAGGUGGGCUACGACCUGUUCUUCUACUGCACCUGGAUCGGCUACAUGAACUCGUUCAUGAACCCCAUCAUCUACACAAUCUUCAACACGGAGUUCCGAAGAGCCUUCAAAUCGAUCGUCUUUGGCCGCGAAGUCGCGAGGGCCCAGGUCCGCCAGAAACAGGCUCAUCUCUGACCAUGGAGUCUUCUUAUUAGGCGCAGAUGUUGAUUCCGAUACUUUCAUUCUUUCAAGUUUUAUUUUCUUUAUCACUGCUUAUCAUGUCAUUUUGCAAGUUUUUUACGGUGUGGUCUUUUUCUUCUAUAUUCGUGUGCCUUCAAAUGAAUCCUCUAUCUUGUUUCCUUAUCAUAAUCUAGAGAUGUGAACAGUUUUUUUUUAGUUUUUCAUUGAUUGGAUUGAUCUACUUAAUUUAUUUUUUCUAUGAAACGUCAUGUGUACACCAGUUCAUUUAUUAAUCACUAGGUAUUUUUAUGGGCAAAAUUUCUUCUGAGUUGUGCUAGAAACAUUGUACUUAAUAACCAAGUUUUGAAAAAAACACGGGUCGUCGAAAUUUGCUUCUAAGCCAGAUCUCGCGCUGCAUUCCUUACUUGUUCACUUGCCCUGAAGUUGUCACCAGAUUUUUUUAUAGUUUUAUUCUUGCCAUAUGAAAAAAACUGUGUCUCAAUUUAUCAAUUGUUAUCGAAAGAUGUUAUAAAGAAGAUCAAAACAAAGUUUUUGAAGAGAAGUUUCUGACAUCCUGAAAAAGAAAUUCCUGUGGCUUUUCAUUGCUAAUUCUCGAAUUUAUUUCAUUUACAAACAGUCUAGAAGAUCUUAUUCAUGAUUUCUCAAUACCAUCAAAUAUCAAAUAAUACUAUCGAAUAAAACUUUAGUAUCCGUUCAACAGUUGUGAUAACUGUCCCGCCGACAGGUUUCCUUCGACAUCGCUUUUGUUUGCAUUCAACAAUCGCUGUUUCGAAGUCAGUUCUACCUGCGUCUCGCCAAAUAUUUCUGUUGCAUAUUGCCAUGUUCCGAUUCGCUGUUUUUUGUUUAGUUUUACAAGCAGGUAUUUUUCAUUUUAAGUUUCACAAAACUAAUCAAAAUGUCUUGCUUCGGUACUAGCUUUUUAGCGAUCUAGUAAAAUUUAAAAAAAAAAGUUUCGCCCAACCAAUUUCCUAUGUAACGUGAUAAGCCGACUUUAAUGUACUUCAUUAUUAAGAAUUUGAGUUGGAAUUCAAUGACGAAAAUAUAUUUGAACAGGAACGGCAAAAAACUGCGAGUCGGAUAAAGACUCUGGUGAAAGCUGUAAAGACACUCAAGGAAAAUUGAUGUUCUACUACGACAAAAGGACCGGUAGGUUAAAAUUUUUUGUUUCUUCUGAAAGCAGAAACUCAGGAGUCUGCCAGCCUCUGUACUUCCGCGGUUGCGGCGGCAACGAAAAUCGCUUCGACACGCGGGAAAACUGCGUCAAAGCUUGCUCAAAAAGAAGCUCAUCUAAUGGGACGCAGACGUUCGACCCACCAUCGGAUGCCCAAAACAUCGGUUUCCAUUUUGAAGUCCAUAACAAAGGAUACAUUCAAAGAAAUCGGAGUGUUGUAGGCGAAGGUACAAUAAUGAUUCACGAUUUAUUGUUCCCAGUCCUUUUCUCUGUUUCGAUUUUUUUUUUCUGAACUUUUCAAUUGCAAAAUGUAAUAAAAUCGGAACGGAAUUGCAGUUUCGGUGUGCGAGUUGAAGACUGACGCGAUUCUCGACGAGCCAGUGAGAAGCUGCAACGACGGCUGUCUCAACGGCUACCAGUGCAACAAGAAGAACGUCUGUUGUCCCACAAAAGGUGCGUUUCUGGGACAUUCGCCUUAAGACGAUUUGAACGGGUUGCAGCUCACGUCUGCGGACUGCCCGUGUCUUCUGGAAGCGAACGCGAGUCCCUCAAGCACUACGGACGGUACGCCUACAUGCCAGGCCUCAACAACUGUAUCCGCUUCUCCUAUUUUGGUCAAGGGGGCAAUUUCAACAACUUCAAAACUUACAACGAUUGUAAAGAAUUUUGUGCAUAA